ACACAGAAAAAUCCCCAUGUAACGGCAUCCGCAUGCCAUGGAUAACCCCUUAGUUAUUUUUAGUCAUCUCAUUACGUCACCAAUCAAUGUAACGCUAGCGAUCACGUGACCUUAGCUUUAUAAACGCAGCAAACUUGUAAAGCCCCUAAGGCUCACAGAAAUUCGACGGGUUCACACGGAUUUAAAUUAGCGCCGCCCUAGGCCAAACUUGCUGUAAAGCUUACCAAGUUCUUACACGCAAUAAAACCCUAGCCUUGUGGAAUUUGUGAGUACUUCAUCAAAAGUUUCCCGGAUCUCUCCGCCACGCGGAGCUGACGCCGCUACAGUCGAAUUUCUGUUGGAAAGCUGAAUCCCUGCCGAUUCAAGCAAGUCCUCAGUCAAGUCAAGUCCAAGUCAAGCUUCCCUGAAGCUCUAAGCCCAUCAAAGGAGAAAAGGCCAGUCAAGUCCGCCGACCCCUAGACCCGAACCGCCCAUCCGAAAACCGUAAGUCCGUUCCACUUUUUCUACUAAUUUCGAAAAUUUGGUUCAACUACAACCGGAUACGCAGAGAUUUCACAACAAAGGAAUGCUCUCUGCAUUACACAAAAGUCAAAAGUUUCAAACCACAUGAAGACAGAAAAUAUUGAAGUCAUUCUCAAUUAGAAUUCACAAACUGAUUAAUCAUCUACUGGUUUCUUCAGUAUAUUGCCAUUAUUCUACGUCGUCUUUUCGUUAAUACAAAAAAAAUAAAAAAACUUUGUGUGACUUAUCAUCUUGCCGCUCGCCGCGACCAUCUACAAUAAGAAUUUAAGAAUGGCCGAACGCCCCAAUGCGCCCGCCCCAAUCAGCGAAAAUAUCCCCGAGAACAUUGAGAGUUUUCCAGAAAAUAUAAUUCCCCAUCAGUCGGUAGAGCCCGAAACUACAACGUUAAGAUCACGUACCAUGGCCGAAAAGGGUUUAGAGUACGCAAAGGAACUUAAAGCAAAAACCGCAAAAGCCGCGACCGACCAUUUCCGGCAAGUCACAUCCGAUUUCCUGGCACAUUUAAGCUCAUCAAAUAAUAAAGACCAAAUAUUGAAAGAACUUAGUCAUUGCAAUGCCCUAGCAGAAAGCGCAACAACGAAAUUAAAUGAUUUCUACGAUCUCAUAAAAGAAACGCCAGAUUCACAAGAAGUGGCCGAUUCACAGUUAGAUAUCCAUCAGUCGAUUAAUGAGGCUAAGAAAAUAGCACAUGAGAAGAUAACAACUCUCGAGUACCAAGCUGACAAAAUGUCAGUAAUUUCCUCUGCGUCACACUCUUCACGGAAAUCAUCAAAAAGCCCGAAAUCCGCAAGAGAUACUUUAAUCGACGUGCGAGCAAAGCGUGCUGCCUUAGAAGAAAAGAUCAAAUUUAAUAAUUCAAUCUUGGAACAGGAACAAAAACUAGCAAAUCUUAAACUGCAACAAGAAUUAAAUGCAACAAAAGCCGAAGAGGCCGUUUAUAAAGAAGCGAUCUCGCUAGAAGAGUUUGGACUGCCCAUCGAGAAAGAGAAUUUAAUAAGCCGUUUCCUGUCCGAGGCACAAACAACCAAACCUGUUAUCACAGAUCCGAUCCAAAGUUGCUUAUCUUCCUUUAACUUUCCUAACACCGAAAGUUCUCUCGUAUACACUAAACCGCAGCGACCCCUUACCGCCAACACGUUCGUGACCUUUCAGACCACUCAAGUACCUGAGAAUCGUCCCUUCAUCAGCCAAUCCCAAACAAACCCGCCAUCAACACUUACCGCUUGGCACAACGCACAAGAGUUUACGCCGAAAAGCUCCACUGUCUAUCAGGAAAUUCAAAAUGCCCAGCCAAUGUCACACAACCAAAAUGUGCAGUCAUCUGACCCGUCACGCCAUUACAAUGGGAUACCGAAUCAAAGCGUCACACAGUCCUACCAACAGCCCUUGCAGACAGAUAGCGUCAAACAAAUAGCCGAAGCCCUUGCUAAAGUCACACAACUCCAGCGCUUGCCGCAAGCUAAGCCAGACAUCUUCACCGGGGAAGGGCCCCACACGAAAUUCUUUAUCUGGGAAACAGCGUUUGAUGCAUUAAUAGACACUGCCCCGGUGAGCGCGCAGCAAAAGCUUUAUUUAUUGUAUCAACAUCUCGGCGGAAAGGCUAAACUAGUAGUAGAGCAAUUACAGUACAUGGUUGGCGCAGAUCCCGACACUGCCUACCGUGAAGCUAGAAAUAAGCUGAGAAACCGCUUCGGACGCCCAGAUAUAAUAGCGACAGAAUUUGAAACAAAACUAACAAAUUGGCCAAAGAUAGCGCCUAACGAUGGAAAGGGGCUACGCGAAUUUAGUUACUUUCUGUAUCAAGUGCAAGUUGCAAGCGCGCACAUGUCAGCCCUUAAGAUUUAUGAGUUCCCUUCAAAAAUACAGUCCCUAGUAGAAAAACUCCCGGGAUGGUUCGCGACAAAAUGGUCAAUCAAAGUGCAAGCACUACAACAGGAAAGGGGGUACAGCGCGUUUCCUAGCUUUAGUGAUCUCGUCACAGAAGUAUGUUUUCACGCCGAGCGAAUGAACAUUCCUCAACUCACACCGACCAAGCACUCUAGCACUCCAACUCCCAUACAAACGCACCGCAAGCCACAAGAGCGCAUUCACAAUGUACUCCUAACUAAAACCGAGGCCCAAAAGAAGGAAGCAUUGGUUAAACACACAGAAAAAAAGGUCUGCCCGUACCAUAACAACGCAGCGUCGCACAACCUAACUGAAUGUAAAAGGUUCAAAGAACUCCCAUAUGAAGAAAGGCUAGAGUUCCUAAAAUCAAAUGGGCUAUGUUUUAAAUGCACAGGAAAACACUUUCGUAAAGACUGUGAAGAAACUCCUCCCCGAUGCGAGGCCUGCAACAAGAACCACCUAACUUUGCUUCACGAAGACAGAAGCGCCCCCGCUAAACCUGCACCCCCUAGCCCCCCAGAAGCAUCAGCAACAUGCACACAAGUCUGCGGAGGGGAGGGGACCGGUAGGUCGUGCGCCCGAAUAGUCCUUGUCAACCUCACACAUGAGUCACAGCCACACAAAAAACAGCUCACAUACGCCGUCCUCGAUGAUCAAUCGACAGACGUAUUCAUCACGGAUAGUCUAUCAAGAUUGCUAGGAAUAACAGCACCGGAGCUCGACCUAAAGGUCAAUACUAUAGUCGGCUUCAACACAAUUCGUACAAAAAAGAUAACUGGUCUACGAAUUCAAGAUAUCAAAAACGAACACGCGCACGUCAGGAUUCCGUAUGCAUACACACGCGAGUACAUCCCCGCCGCACAAACCGAUAUCGCUAGUCCCGAAGUAGCGAAGCAGUGGACCCACCUCGCACCCAUCGCAGACCAGAUCGCAUACAGACCGGACAUAGAAAUCGGACUACUCAUCGGUCGAAACGUCCCGGCGGCCUUCCAACCAACUGAAGUGAUAGCAGGAAGCCCUGAAGAGCCCUGGGCCGAGAAGUACAAGUUUGGUUGGACGGUAAUCGGUCGAGUGUGCAAAGACAGAGAUGAUGACGUGACAGCUCGUGUGAAUUGUGUGACGGUAGAGAGAGAAGUCCUACUCGAGCACAACGCUUCAAGCCAUACUACCGUACAGCCGCCCUUCGUCCGCACGACACCAGUCCAAAGAUCGCUCGGUACUUACUGGUGUAUAGAGUCGGAUACACUAGGAUUUCGUAUCGAGCUAAGAGACAAGCCUCUUACAAGACGCGGUAUACUCUCCACCGUCAGUUCAGUGUACGACCCCUUAGGAGCCGUGUCCCCCGUCAUCCUUACCGGGAAACAGAUUCUACAGGAGCUCUGCAGUACCCAUACAGACUGGGACGAGCCCCUCCCCGAAGACAUCCGGCCACGCUGGGAAAAAUGGCGCACAGAGUUACCGCUUCUCGAGAACCUCAAGUUCCCCCGAUGUCUCAAGCCUUCUAACUUUGGUACUCUGACUUCUACUCAAGUCUGCAACUUCUCAGAUGCUUGCCACAACGGAAUCGGACAAGUCUCAUACCUACGCAUGGUUAACGAGAAAGGAGAAGUCCACGUAAGCUUUCUAAUGGCAAAGUCUCGAGUGGCACCCCUCAAACAAAUCACAAUACCCCGGCUGGAACUCACGGCAGCAGUAAUAUCCGUGAACGUUUCAAGCAUGGUCGAGCUUGAGCUAGACCUACAACCCACACCACAGCGCCUCUAUUACACCGACUCGGAAAUAGUCCUAGGCUACCUUAACAACGACGCUCGCCGUUUCCAUGUGUAUGUCGGCAAUCGUGUGCAGCACAUCAGAGAUCAAAGCGAGCCAGAACAAUGGUACCACGUGCCAGGAAAAGAAAACCCAGCAGAUGAAGCAUCUAGAGGAAUGACAGCCGCACAACUUAUCGAAAAUAAGCGUUGGUUCAGCGGACCACAGUUCCUUUACGAGAACCCCACACCAAGCAACCAGAAGCCGUCAUCUCAGCUAGAUCCAGACGAUGCUGAGUUACGCAAAGAAGUCUCUGUCCUCUCAACUAGUACUACUAUGCAUACACAGUACUUAGAUACGAAGCACUUCUCACACUCGUCUUCCCUACUGCGCCUCAAGCACGCAAUCGUUCGCAUCCAACGGAUGAUAGAGAGACUACGCCCAAACAAGACACACAACUGGCGACCGACAAAUGGAGCGUCUACAGUAAAGGAGCUAUGGGAAGCAGAGAAGUGUCUAUUCAAGACUGCACAAGCCACCACUUUUGAGAACGAAAUAGAUACACUGCAAAGAAUGAAAGGAAACAAUAGUAAGUUCGAAGAUCGCAAAAGCGCGCGCGAUCGCAACAACAUCAUCAAAGCCACCAGCAAUAUCUACAAGCUAGACCCGUUCAUAGACGACGAAGGUCUACUACGAGUUGGUGGUCGUCUGAGAAAUGCUGAAGAAGAAUACCAACUAAAGCACCCUCUUAUCCUACCAAAAGAUCAUCACGUGACUACUGCUAUGGACGGACAACACAAGUGCUUCGAGCGUCCCGUCCACAAGCUUAUCAUGCUAUUAGCAAGGGAAGAUUAGUCAGCUUAGUCCAAGACACAAUGAACACUUUCCAAAUUUCAAGAUAUAAAGGACAUUCUCAGUAAUUCUUAUAUAGCUAAAAUAUACCAGCUUAAUUUAUAACAAGCAAACAACCAUAAAUCAAAUUUAGGCUAUCAAUUAGUAAUUUUCAAUCAACAAAUCAUAAUUUCCUUAUCAUGAUUAAUUAAACAAAAAUAAGCAAUCAGCUAUCAUCGCAAUUCAAUGCUUAGAAUAUAAACAUCUUUUAUGCAAUUUAUACUCUAUUUUCUUAAUAAAUGUAGGCACAUUUAGGGAAGCAGUGUAACGGCAUCCGCAUGCCAUGGAUAACCCCUUAGUUAUUUUUAGUCAUCUCAUUACGUCACCAAUCAAUGUAACGCUAGCGAUCACGUGACCUUAGCUUUAUAAACGCAGCAAACUUGUAAAGCCCCUAAGGCUCACAGAAAUUCGACGGGUUCACACGGGUUUAAAUUAGCGCCGCCCUAGGCCAAACUUGCUGUAAAGCUUACCAAGUUCUUACACGCAAUAAAACCCUAGCCUUGUGGAA